UGAGAACCACAGAUUUGUUACAAUUGCUUUGGCACCUUUACUAAACCAAACAAAGCGAGACGUUAACACACGAGUCGUGAGCAUUUCUCAGCGUUAAAGUACGUCAGUCCUUCGCGUCCUGACGUCGUCUUCGCCGUAAUCAGAGCAAACAGGAAAUGACAAAGAGACCGUUGGCGGACGUUAACGGCAAACUGAAGUCUGGGGGAGUGUGUGUGAUCUGACUGCGUAUCCGGAUUCCUCUGGACACACACCUGGGCAUGUUUCAUGAUAUCAAAGAGCAAAACGACAGAGUUUGUGUGUGUGUGUGUGCGUGUGUGUGUGUGUGUGUGGGUGGUCGUUUUGUCCGGGUGUCAGUGGGUGAAGAGACCUCAUCCAUCAUCUGAUACCUUCAGGCUCUCCAGGUAAACUAUAGCUCCUCGUGCAGGAAGUCACAACCACAACUCACUGAGGCGUUCAGGUGCAGUCGGCGCGGCACGCGCGCUGCGCCAAAAGCAAUUCUCGGGCUGAGCUGCAGAAUAAAUGUAAACACGGCAACAGGAAAUGAACUGGGACCCACUUCCUCCUGGAGAUGAGAAGAUGAAACAGGGUUUAAAGGCAUCAGAUCUUUAAGGUCAGUAAAAGUAGAAGAUACAACUUUAGAUAAAACAUAUUAUUGGUCGUUUAAUGUUGCAGCUAGCUUGAAAUUAAUAUCAAAACCAUAUAAACUUAAACAGAUGGUUGAAUAACUAAUGUGUCCAUCUGCAAAAAGAUUAGCAGCUCAAGUUUAAUAGUAGAUACAUUAUUGAAGUUAUCAAUUUAAAAUAGUGAAAGCUGUCAAUGUAACAUUAGAUAUGAAAACACUAAAGGCAAACACUUAAGUUCCUCAAAAUUAUUGGCCUACUUUUGCAAUAAAGUACAUGUACAUGUAAUUUGGCUUGUGUACUUUAUACAAAAACGUGCUAAACAGAGACUAGGAAAAGAAAGUGAGGUCAGUUAUUAAUACCGUCUACACUUUAACCCUCCUAUUACCUUUGGGGUCAAUUUGACCCCAUUCGAUGUUUAACGUCUGCUUCAUAUUUCAUGACUUUUCCUAAUUUAUUGGGGACAACUGGGAAACCUAUUCACAUGAUGUGUUUUCAAUGUCCUGUACACAACUUUUAAAUUUGUCAAUUUGACCCCAGAUGUAAAACAUAAGAAAUAUCAACUUUUUUAUUUAUUUAAAGGGCUAUUUAGGUCGUCAACAAACAAACGUAAAGUGACACUUAAACUUGGGAAACAAUAUUAAUUCUAAGAAUUUUCUCGAGGUUUUAAUUGCUGGGGUCAAAUUGACCCCAAGAGUAAAAUAUGUUAGUAAAUCUGAAGGUAACAGGAGGGUUAAUCUGAUUUGUUUCAAUUGGUGACUACCUUUAUGAAUCAAAUGAUUCACUUUUGCGCAAAGUAGGCCUUGUUUACACUUUUAUUAUUUACUUGUAAAUUCACUUUCCCUUUAAAUAAAUGAAGGUCUAUCUAAUUCAUUACAAACUAGAACGGGCACUCGGUAGAGCGCAUACCUUCGCAUAUCACAAGAUUGGGCAUUGAGUUAUGAACAUUUUGGCAUUAGUUGCAUGCCAAUUGGAUAAAAAUUGUAAAAAGAAGAUGUUGACCUUUUCAUGACCUUGACCUUUGACCCGAUCGAUCCCAAAAUCUAAUCAAAUGGUCCCUGGAUAAUAACCAAUCAGCCCACCAAAUUUUAUGCGAUUCGGUUUAAUACUUUUUUAGUUAUGCGAGUAACACGCAUACAAAUAAAUACAUAAAUAAAUAAAUACACGGCGAUCAAAACAUAACCUUUCGCAUUUUCAAUGCGAAGGUAACAAAUGCGGUUUAAAUUGCACGCAGAACAAGAAAAUCCUUAAUCUCAUCCGAUUCGGACAUUUCCGACAGCCCCUGAACGCAGCAGCCCCCGCGCGUGUGUCUGCGCGCGAUGAGGAGGCGCUGCAGCUCCGGGCGGACUUUAUUCCGUCCUGGGGCUCCGUGAAGGCUGCAGCCGCGCGCGCUGCUCCAUAACACGACAGGAGUUAUUUCCUUCUUUUCGACAUUGUAUUUAUUAUUUUAUUUUUUUACCCUGAACGACGCUUCGGAUUAUUGUUGCUUUUUAUUUUAUUUUUAGAAGCAGCAGAGAUGACUCCGGUGUAACUUUGAAAAGAAGAAGAAGAAGACACAACUGUUCAUGUUACUGAGGGAAUAAACGUCAAGUGGAUUUUACACACAGAGGCUGGAGCUUUUCUUUCUUUCACGCUCACUUUAAAACACUUUUUUUUUAAAUCACACUUAUUCGGACGGCUUCUUUUUUUAAAAUAUAUUUUUAAAACUCAUUUUUUUGUUUUCUCUCUUCUUUUUUUCUCCGACCACGAUGCGACUUUUUACUCUUGCGCGCGCGACCCGUCGGGAGCAACCCGGGCCGGUCAACAACAAUUAAAUAAAAUAAAAAUAAACAUGUUACAAGGUCGUUAAAUUUAUUGGAUCGUGACCGCCGGAGAUGAACUUUCUUCGGAAUGAAUGCGCGAGCUCCGGUGAAUGAUUGACAGCGGAGGCUCGUCCGCUGCUCCGUGGACCUUUACGGACUCUUAAAAAAAAAAACUCAAUCUAGAUUCACCGGACAGGAGUCCAACUGGUCCGGAUCGAUCCAGCAGAAGAAGAACUACAACGCCCUCUAUUCCCCUUUAUUGUCUUUCUUAUUUUAAUCCUCCAAACUAAUCUUUCUAAAAAAAUUAAAAAAACAUGUCCUGUACGUCAUCCGCUGCGUUCCCGCGGCUCUCCGUGCUGCUGCUCCUGCUGCUGCUCCGCUGUCCCGGUCCGGCCUCCGGAGCCUCCAAGGACCUGGUGUGCGAGCCCAUCGCGGUGCCCAUGUGCCGCGGCAUCGGCUACAACCUGACCUACAUGCCCAACCAGUUCAACCACGACACCCAGGAGGAGGUGGGUCUGGAGGUGCACCAGUUCUGGCCCCUGGUCCGGAUCCGCUGCUCCCCGGACCUGCUCUUCUUCCUGUGCAGCAUGUACACCCCCAUCUGCCUGCCGGACUACCGCAAGCCGCUGCCCCCGUGCCGGUCGGUGUGCGAGCGCGCCAAGCGCGGCUGCUCGCCCCUGAUGAGCCAGUACGGCUUCGAGUGGCCCGAGAGGAUGAGCUGCGAGCGGCUGCCCCAGCUGGGCGACGAGACCCUGUGCAUGGACCGGAACAGCAGCGAGGCCGCCGCCACCACCCCGGCGCCGCCGUUCCCCAAGCCCACCUCCAAGGGCCGCACCAGACCCCCCGCCGCCCCGCCGCAGUGCGACGGGGAGUGCCGCUGCCGCGACCCGCUGGUCCCCGUCGAGAGGGACUCCGGCGCCCCGCGCGGCCGGGUCCGGACGGGCCCGCCGCCCGACUGCGCCCAGCCCUGCCACCAGCCCUACUUCUCCGCCGACGAACGCGCCUUCACCGCCUUCUGGGUGGGCCUCUGGUCGGUGCUGUGCUUCGUCUCCACCCUGACCACCGUCGCCACCUUCCUCAUCGACAUGGAGCGCUUCAAGUACCCGGAGAGGCCCAUCAUCUUCCUGGCCGCCUGCUACCUCUUCGUGUCUCUGGGCUACAUCGUCCGGCUGGUGGCCGGCCACGAGCGGGUGGCCUGCGGCGACAAGCCGCACGUCCUCUACGACAGCGCCGGCCCCGCCCUCUGCACGCUCGUCUUCCUGCUGGUGUACUUCUUCGGCAUGGCCAGCUCCAUCUGGUGGGUGGUGCUGUCCUUCAGCUGGUUCCUGGCCGCCGGGAUGAAGUGGGGCAGCGAGGCCAUCGCCGGCUACUCCCAGUACUUCCACCUCGCCGCCUGGCUCAUCCCCAGCGUCAAGACCAUCGCGGUGCUGGCCCUCGGCUCGGUGGACGGGGACCCCGUGGCCGGGAUCUGCUACGUGGGGAACCAGAGUCUGGAGAACCUCCGGGGGUUCGUGCUGGCGCCCCUCGUGAUCUACCUCUUCACCGGCUCGCUCUUCUUGCUCGCCGGCUUCGUGUCUCUCUUCCGCAUCCGGAGCAUCAUCAAGCAGGGCGGCACCAAGACGGACAAGCUGGAGCGGCUGAUGAUCCGCAUCGGGCUCUUCACGGUGCUGUACACCGUGCCCGCCACCGUGGUGGUGGCCUGCCUGGUCUACGAGCAGCACUACCGGCCCGUCUGGGAGCGAGCCCUGGCGUGCUCCUGCCCGGCGGAGCGCCUGCGCUCGGGCGUGGGCCCGGACUACGCCGUCUUCAUGCUCAAGUACCUGAUGUGCUUGGUGGUGGGCAUCACCUCGGGGGUCUGGAUCUGGUCGGGGAAGACCCUGGAGUCCUGGAGGAGGUUCGUGGCUCGCUGCUGCCCCUGCUGGCCGCAGAAAGCCACCGCGCCGCCCUCCAUGUACAGCGAGGCCAGCACCGCGUUGACCGGACACACCGGGACGACGUCGGGGGUCUACCACAAAGCCGCUCUGUCGCAUAUAUGAAGGGGACCGGCGCGGUUAGGAGGUACCGGAACUUGAGAAUCCAAUAGAGAGAGAGAGAGAGAGAGAGCGGACGUUUCAGCGCUCGCAAAAAACUUGACGGUUGUGACGAUGACAAAAAAAAGACGAAAAGCGCCAGCGUGAAAUUUGAACGUUGAAACAUCCGACCUGGGUCAUCCCAACACGAUGGAAUAUUAAAAUAAAGAGUCUUUAGAGAAAAGUGACACGGACUUUCCGAACUUGACACUAAAAACUACAACAUGGCUCCAUGAUGGCACCACACACACACACACACACACACACACGCUUCUUCCUGUUUAUCCUGAGCACUGAGAGAGAAAACAAACAUAUUUAUUGAUGUAUAUAUUGUAUAAAGUUGCUGUACAAAAAAUAGAAGACAAAAAGGUGUUUCAUGUGAUUUGUCUUGUAACCGUCGGACACCGGAGCCGCCGACCUUUGGCCCGUUUGAGUUGUGUGAACUUGUACAUACGUGUGUCGUUUCAUGUCCGUGUUUGAUACCUGGUGUUUGACGUGACGUCCGACCGGCCGAUCCCCUUCGUUUGGGCUUUUUUUAAAGUUGUUUUGUGACGGUUGCCAUGGUGACCUCCAGCUCCACAGUUGGCGGGUCCUGACCCUUUCGGGUCAGGUUAAAGCUGCAGGAUGAAACUGAACUUGGCCUCUAGCCCCACCUGCUGGUUGACAGCAACAGCAACAGCCCCCCCCCACCCCCACUAGAUAGAUCAUCCUACAGACCCUCACUCACAUUUCCUACCAGCACUCAGAACAACGAGAUGAUUUACAGUAAAAAUAGUUCUACUGUUGGAAUAAUUAUUUAUUCUCACUUCUUUUUUUUAUGAUUCAUUUUUUUGACAACGCUGCUAUCGGACUCCCCGAUAGCAACUCGAGGACCUCUAAAAAAAGUCCCCGGACCUCACUUUGUCCACCAUUGCUCUUCUUCUUUUUCUCGUGAUGUCACGCCACGAACAGCGCUUGAGAGAUUUGUUAAAAUAACGAGUCGACGAGACGAUCGACAAAGAAAGCUAACCGGCAGCAAUUGUAGUCUUCCAAUUAUUAAAGUCAUGUCGAGUGGAAAUGGUCAAAAAAAUAAUGCUUUCAGCUUCUGAAAUGCAAUAACUUGCUGCCUUUCUCGUGUUUAUUGCCUCUGCAGAUGAAUAUCUUUGCCCUGUCGGCUGGAGGAAACGAAGCAUUUAAAGACAUCGCCCUGGCGACGGCUCAUUUAUUCCCUUAUGUCGCUGUAAUAUCUUAUUUCAUUGGGACACUUUGAACUUAAUUGUUAGUGACUUUAAAAAAAACUCAAUUACUCCUCAGAUAUUUAAUCAGUUAGAAAUACUUUGAUUCAUUAAUUGAUGAAAAGAACUAAUUGAUCAUUUAAAUAAAAAAAUAAACCCAAACAUAUUCAGUAUUUGAAGUUCAAUAUUUGGCGGUUUGAGAAAAGUGGACUGUGAAUGUCAUGUGACUUUUGACAACUAGCAUCAAAAUGCACAAAUGACCCGAUAUAUUCACGCCGUUUACAACGAUCUUACGUUAAUCUGUCCAGAGCCGCACGUCCCAACGUUCAACGACCUGUGGUCCACUGUGGACCCACAGAGGUCACUCAGAGGUCAAAGUUCAGGGGUCGUUUUUCUUAUUCGUCUUUGAAAGAAACAAAAGUAUUUUAAUUUUUUUUAAAGGAGCGCUGUUAUAUCGUUUAGACGACUGCGCGUCCGCGUGCUCGAGAUCACUAAUUUAUUCGGCCGAUGUGCGCGUGAACGGGACUGUACGAGUGAUGAAGAUGACGAUGACGAUGAUGUUGCUACAAACUGACUUUUUGCGUGUGUGUGUGUUAAUCUGCUCUCACAUUGGUUUGAGUUCCUGAAAGGAUAUGGAAAAAAAAAAAGAUGUUGUAGAUUUUUAUUCAUAUUGUGGAAUUAAAACAGAGGAAUUGUGAAGACCAA